AUGGCAGAAACAGUUCUGAGAACGCUGGGCUAUGAGCUCAUCUUCACACUUGGCGAAGGGAGUUUCUUCAAGGUCAAGCUGGCUAUGUCCAAAAAGCAUGUAUGACAAGUCAACGUCAAAAUAGCCGACAUCAAGAAGGCACCAGAUGACUCCAAAUUUUCUUUAUGGCAGCUUGACGUCCUCAGAGCAGUGAGAAAUAAAAAUAUCAUUCAGGCUUAUGAAUUCAUAAAGGACUGCAGAUAUCUGUACAUCUGGAAUCUGCAGACUGAUCUCUUCAAAAAAAAUCAGGAACUUAAUGUGAUAGCCAACAAACAAGCCAAGACCUGGUUCUACCAGACUGUCAGUGCCGGGGGCUACCUGCACCAGAAAGAUACCGUCCACAGAGCCUUGAAGUGCAAAAACCUGCUGCUGACUUCUGACAGUCAGGCCAAGCCGAUUGACUUUAUAGAAAGUUCUAGUCAAUUGAGCAAUAUAUUUUGUGGCUCUCUGGCCUACGCACCUCCGAUGGUCGUAAUGGGUGUGCCCAUACAGUGCAGAAAAUACAACAUCUGGAGCCUUGGCACAAUUCUUUACAUCAUGGUGACUAAGUGCAUGCCUUUUGAUGACUCAACAAGUCUUCCACAGAUCCAGCGUAAAGCACCGGUUUAUCUGAAAGGUAUCACAGUAGAGGAUUCGUGACAUUCUCUGAUUCAUCUCCCACAGUUUGAACCCUUAACACGACCAUCAAUAAUUGAGGUGUGA